GCUAAUCAUACCAGCUGUAUGCGGAUAAGCCUCGAAAUUUAAUUAAAAAAUAUGCUAAGCUUGCGCUUGCCUGAUGCUGAGUGGCACAAUGCCUCAUUGUUCGUUUGUCUUAUUAGUAGCACGGUCACCGACAGUGAUAUUCGUUCUCAGUGCAGUGCCACAGCUGAAUGGUGUUUUAGGUAUUCCCGACAAAAUUUCGGAGCGGAUUACGCUGAGUGAUGAUCAGCCAUAUACUAUCAAAUCACUCUUGUAUCCAGCAAAGUAUCCCACUGGUACGGAGUAUGUGUAUUCGAUCGACGCUCCCGGCCAUGCCAUUAAAAUCGAAUCGAGGGAAUUUUUGUUUGGAUCACGUUGGCCCAACAAAACUUCACAGAACGGCUGCCUGGGAGAGCGACUACAAAUCUGGGAUGCCAGGCUGCCGGCAUCACCUAUUGCAUACGGUUGCGGUGCGGAUCGAGUAGACAUUCUAUCGUACAGCGAUGUUAUGUUUAUCGAAGUAGUUCGCGGUGCCUGGUACGGGACCGAAGAUAAAUUCCAGCUACAAUUAAUCCGUGUUCCAUGCGGUCGGGCCACACCCCAUCUCUGCCCCUCAGACAAGACCAAUCAGUCUUGCAUCACAAGAGAACAGAUCUGCGACGGUGUGACGAAUUGUCCGGAAGGCGAGGACGAGAUCUGCAGUAUGGACUGUGGCCAUCAUGCUGGAAUCACUGACAGCAGGGAGAACCUGCGCAUUUAUGGUGGUACACCGGUUCGACCGAACAGCUGGCCUUGGCAGGUACAAAUCGAUAGUCCGUAUUCACGGUGCGGAGGCACUCUGAUAGCUCCACGAUGGAUUCUCACGGCAGCGCACUGCAUAUCUCUAUAUGUAACAAACCGAACGGCGCUUUUAGAAAGCGGAAGUCUACAGCACGUAACCAUAACACUCAUGCCACACCGCUGUGGAAAAGUGCCAAACGCCACGGUUAUUGCGGUACAGAAAGUAUUCCUGCCUCCACAAUGGGAAACACCAACGGCGGAAUCGUUAUACUUUGAUGCGGCUCUUUUACUCCUGUUUUCCGAUGUUGACCUGUCAACCGUUCAGCCAAUAUGUCUGCCACGUUCGGAUAUGGUGAUGCAUGUUGGAGAUAGGUGUUAUGCAGCUGGAUGCGGUCGCACCGGAAACCCAGACGGGCCAUCCGAGCUACUGCAGCUGGCCAUGACCAUACUGGAUAUUGGUUGUGGCUCCGCACUCUGUCCGGACACCUUGUACGCCGGCCAAAACGUUAGUGGCACUGGAAAAAGCGUCUGUUCCGGGGACAGUGGAGGACCUUUAGCGUGUAAUAAAAAUGGAAACGAUCAAUGGACUCUAUUUGGAGUAGCUUCUUUCAUAACAGGAGAAUGUGGCAUCGCUGUGACCGGCUAUCAAGCAGUAGAAAGACUCAUGCCCUUCAUUAUGGACACAGUGUACUCGCAAGAUUUCUACGGCUGGCUUCCAAAUCGCACCGUACCAAGAAAAGCAACGAUUGGCCAGGAGGACGCUAUUCCAAGUGCGACACAGGCAGAAGAUGAGAAGCCAUUGCCGUUGCGCGUGCAAGUAUCCGUGCAGUCGACAGCGUCUAAAAAAUGCGGCGGUUUGCUGUGGCAAAGGAUACGAAUUUGGUUGCUGAUGUUUCUUUUGAAGCCGACAGAAACUUUAUGACAUACUCCAGGAUAGCACAAUUUAAAAUAAAAAGAAACAAAUAAGAACAAAUGAUACAAAAUAUAAGAAAUGCUGAACCACUGACUAGAGAUACUUGUAUUUGUAGAAACUUUCAAUGUCAGAAAUAAAGGGCUAUUGAGUCGCCUUGACAAGUGUCAGAAU